GACCUACCACGUCUUCUGUAGGCGAAGCACGCAAUAGCCCCCGCGUCUUUGCACCUCCGCGAUAGGACGUCCGAGUAGCAAUCAUGGUUGCGGCUAGAAUUCUAAGCCACUUUUAUCGUCACAUCAAUAUUGGUCAAAUGCCGGAAUAGGAUAUCUGACGUAUGGCUCAUUUAUAAUGUUGUGAAUAUAAUCUAAAUUACGACCUUGUUCUCGUUCCUUUUCUGAAUACAAUAUCUAAAGAACAUUUCCUCAGAAUUUACAAUAGUUGAACCCAGUUGAAAAUGGCUUCUUCAGAGGGUAAGAAGCAGAUUCUGCUGAAUGCAUUUGAUAUGUCAACCAUUGGCCAUCUUUCACCGGGCCAAUGGAAAAAUCCCGCUGAUAAGUCAGCUACGAAACGCAAUCUUGACUAUUGGUUAGAGUUGGCAAAACUACUAGAUAGAGGAGGGUUUAAUGCCUUGUUCCUCGCAGAUACGUAUGGAGGCUACGACACCUACGAGGGAAGCCUCGACAAUUGUAUCAGAAGAGCCGCACAAUGGCCCGUGACGGAUCCAACCAUCCCAAUUGCAGCAAUGGCUGCCGUAACGAAGAAUCUCUCCUUCGCCAUUACUGCUUCAACCUCGUUUGAGCCCCCUUUUCUAUUAGCAAAGCGCUUUUCUACGUUAGACCACUUUACCGGGGGACGAUUUGGUUGGAAUAUCGUCACUUCCUGGAAAAAGGCGGCCUUCAAAGCUAUUGGCCUCGAUACCCCUAUUGACCAUGAUGAGCGGUAUCUCCAAGCUGACGAGUACUUGAAGGUACUCUACAAGCUCUGGGAGGGAUCGUGGGCAGACGAUGCAAUCUCCCCCGAUCCAGAAAACGACACGUAUGCGGACCCGGACAAGAUUCGCACGAUCAACCACAAAGGGAAGUACUUCACUCUAAACACAAAGCACAUCGUCGACCCGUCUCCGCAGAGAACCCCGUUUCUAUUCCAAGCCGGGACUUCUGCCGCCGGCUCCGAGUUCGCCGCGACGCACGCGGAAGCCAUCUUCGUCUCCUCGCACUCCGCGUCCGUCCUCCGGCCCAAGAUCGCCAAGAUCAGGGAACUAGCCGCUUCCAAGGGUCGGGAUCCGCGCUCGCUCAAGUUCUUCGCGACUUACACCCCCGUCGUCGCGCCCACCGACGAGGAGGCGCGCGCCAAGUACGAAGACCUGCUGCAAUACGGCUCGGUCGUCGGCGGCCUCGUCCUGGUCAGCGGCUGGACCGGAAUCGACCUGUCCAAGAUCCCGCUGGACCAGGAGAUCACCGCGGCAGACUCGCUGGAGGCCCACAAAGUGCGCAGUAUCUUGGACGCCUUCACUACUACGAGCAAAGACAUCCCGAAGUGGACGCCCCGCGUCAUAGCCCAGAAAGCGUCGAUAGGUGGUCUUGGCCCCGUAGGCAUCGGAUCUCCUCAAACCGUGGCGGACGACCUGGAGCGCUGGAUAGAAGAAGGGGACUUGGAUGGGUUCAACAUCGGUUACGUGACCACUCCUGGGUCGUUUGAGGAUGUAGUCGAUCUUUUGAUUCCGGAGCUAAGGCGACGUGGGAUUUAUCCCGAUCCCCUGCCCGAAGGAGAGACUCUGACUGCUCGGGAGAGGGUUUACGGGAAGGGUCAAAGGGGGCUUAGGGAGGACCAUGUCGGGUCUAAGUAUAAGUACGAGAGAUACCAAGAAGAGCCACCGUAUCAAGAGACAGAACCGGCUAAGGAAUGAGGUGACUGAGCAUGCUUGUCGUAUCUCUCUCAACUGAGCUAUUACGAUAUCUUGUAGUACGAAAUAAUAGUAUUUUCUAUUAGUUAAGAUGUAUCUAUCUAGGUUAACUUAGUGAUGUAGUAUAACCCACCCUAUUAAUUCUAGUUAGGUUAGGUACCCAAGGUUAGAGAUCUCCCACGGCGAGGUAAAAGCACGAUAAUUAUCCCCGUUUUUAACAAUCUGAUAUUGCCCCGGUGUGCUACUCCGCCAGACCGACCUAUACAAUUAGCCCAAGCCCAACAAGUC